AAGCCGCAGCGCCGGGCUGCUCGUCCUAACAGAGACACGAGCGCUGCGCUUAGAAAGCCUGCAUUGCUCAUGUCACCGAUCGGCUCGCCGAGGAGUCGCUUUCCCCUCCUUCCUUGAUUUUCAGAUUUUCUUGCUUCGCCUCGGGACGUCUGGGACUCGAUGAUGUUGGGAGCGGGAUUUUGUUGUUCGUCUUCCUUCUUAAGUGUGUAAGUUUGUGAAAAAUCACGGACGCGGACGUCCCUGUUUCCCGUUUCCACGCACUUGGCUGUGAGCACGGACUAAAUUGAGCAUCUCCGUUUGAGAUCCCUGCAUCGGGCCUGAAAUGUUGGAGUAGGCGUGGACCAACAGCUGCUGGACUUGCUCCACAGGACUCCAGUUCACGGUGAAAAUCAGUUAAGAGGGACCCUUUCAACCUCAAAGAGCAAGAUGGCAAUGGGACACCUGCUCAUCGUUCUGGCAUUUCUACCCAUGGUGUGCACCAUGCUCUCCGAGCACUCGGACUGCGUAAUCAAACGUGAGCACGAGAAGUGCAUGGAGAAGAUGUCCAGAGAGGAGUCCACUGAGGAGCUGGGACUGGGCUGUCCAUGGAUGUGGGACAAUCUGACCUGCUGGCAGUCAGCAAAAGUGGGAGAGGUGGUAGUUGUGAAUUGCCCUGAACUCUUUGAGUUCAUGAGCCCGGAUUAUGAACUGGGAAAGAUUAGCAGGAACUGCACUGAAGACGGCUGGUCAGAGCCCUUUCCGCACUAUGUGGACGCCUGCCUCUUUGACGAGAACACCACCAGGCCUGACAUGUACUACGCCUCCGUCAAAGCUCUGUACACGGUGGGCUACAGCACCUCGCUUGUGUCCCUCACAACCGCCAUGGUCAUCCUCUGCAGGUUCAGAAAACUUCACUGCACCAGGAACUUCAUCCACAUGAACCUGUUUGUGUCAUUUAUCCUGCGUGCCAUCUCUGUAUUCAUAAAGGAUGGGGUGCUGUAUGCGGAGGAAGACAGCAACCACUGCUUUGUACACACUGUUGCAUGUAAGGCAGUAAUGGUGUUCUUCCACUACUGUGUCAUGUCCAACUACUUUUGGCUCUUCAUUGAGGGUCUCUACCUUUUCACCUUGCUGGUGGAGACUUUCUUUCCAGAGAGGAGAUAUUUCUACUGGUACACCAUCAUUGGAUGGGGAACUCCCACAGUUUGUGUGACAGUCUGGGCAGUACUGAGGCUUCAUUUUGAUGAUACAGGUUGCUGGGACAUGAAUGACAAUACUGCCCUCUGGUGGGUGAUCAAGGGGCCUGUGGUCGCCUCAAUCAUGAUAAAUUUUGUCCUCUUUAUUGGAAUCAUAAUAAUCUUGGUUCAAAAGCUGCAAUCACCAGACAUAGGAGGCAAUGAAUCCAGCAUCUAUCUGAGGCUGGCCCGCUCCACUCUCCUCCUCAUCCCCUUGUUUGGAAUCCAUUACACCGUGUUUGCCUUUUCACCUGAGGAUGUCAGCAAACGUGAGAGGCUGGUGUUCGAACUAGGCCUCGGAUCCUUCCAAGGAUUUGUGGUGGCAGUGCUCUACUGUUUUCUAAAUGGAGAGUUUCUGCCUAAAGGUGCAAUCGGAGAUAAAGAGGAAAUGGCGGAGCUGGACCGUGAACCGGUACUUUGCUGUGGACCUGAAGCAGAGGCAUCCCUCGCUGGCCAGCAGUGGGGUCAACGGGGGCACACAGCUCUCCAUACUGAGCAAGAGCAGCUCGCAGAUCCGCAUGUCCAGCCUGCAGGCGGAGACCCUGAACCUGAACCUGCCAACCUGAACAUCUGAAUCGUCUGGCGCUUGUCACUCCCCUCUGCAUACCAACCAACCCCCAGCCCCACACCCCCUGCCCACACCCUCAACCUGAGGGCCCCAACUCACUCCCUCACCCCAAAACAUCUAUGUGUGGCACACUCCCAGUGCAUAUCAAUCCAGUAUCAUGAAAAAAGAAGACAAUUGAAAUGUACCUACAAAAAGGUAUUAUGGUUAUUUUGUUGUAUAUACCAUGACAUUACUUCUCAUUUUCUUGGGGAAAAAUAUAAUACGUUGUCACAUCAUUAUGUGUCUGCUCAUAGAAGACAAGAAGCAGUGUGUGAAAAAUGGGUCUUAUGGCUUUCUAGCUCUGUACUUCAUUGCCAGCAUGACUUCAGAACAUUUUCCGUUAAAAUUACCUGAGUGGAGAAAUUUCUAUUUAUCACUAAUUAGCUAUUUAGCUAGCUAUGUGGGAUGAUUGUGCAUUACGUAAGGAGAUGCAAACAAAAGGGGGUUGUGCAAAAUGAGUGUAAAUAUUCACUGGCCGUACUCACCCUAUUGAACCUUGGGUAACAUUCAGCCUGUGAGCAUCUUCAGUCGGGCCACACCUGCCCCGUUGAGACUGCUGUCGCCAGGUGGCCUUUGGGUUAUCCAGGGGGAGGUCUUGUCUGCAGCCAAAAGGCGAGUUAGAUGAUGGAAUCCAGAUGGGUAGGUCCAAUAAGCUGCUUUUCUUUCACUGCCACUGUGGUUUAAUAAACAUGUGUUUCAUACUGUUAAACAGCAAAAAAGCCAAACACUA